UAACAACACCCACCAACUUUCGUCCCGAUACCGCGCUCCUUAAUACAAGGCCAUUAAUUCCGGUAGUCCUUCGGAGAUCCUUCUUUCAGAGCUCUCCCAACCCAAGAGGGAGGAGGAGGGGAAGAAGCGUCAGCUGCGGGUGCACUGAAGCAAAUGCCGGACCACCAUUCCUAAUCUGACGAAUUCUCCGUCUCUCUUCUAGGGUUUGAAAUCCCGGCCAUGGAUCGAUCCACAAGCCCUAUAUUUGGAUCUUUUCGCCUCGCUUUCGUCCUCAUUCUUCUCGUCGUUGGAUCUGCUCAGGAGUUAGGGUUUGAGGAGACAGACAAUGAUAAUCAGUCUAACGAAUCUCGAUACUUGGAUCGGCGUAGCAAAAUUUCGCUGUCCACUCUGCAAAAUGAAGCUGCAAAUGAAAUUGAUGUUCGAGAUUUGGGCAUUAGGAACACAAUUUCUCGUGGAAAUUCAGAACCAGUUGGUCUUGGGAUUUUUGAUGCUUUCUUUACAAGUUUAUCAAUGAUCUUGGUUAGCGAGAUUGGUGAUGAGACCUUUAUAAUUGCUGCACUUAUGGCGAUGCGUCAUCCGAAGUCAAUUGUUCUGUCAGGCGCACUCUCUGCCCUCGUUAUAAUGACGGUGCUUUCAACUGGACUGGGUAGGAUUGUACCCAACUUGAUCUCGAGGAAGCACACAAACAGUGCAGCUACAGUUCUCUAUGCAUUUUUCGGGCUGCGGCUACUUUACAUUGCUUGGAGAUCAGAUUCAAAGACGUCACAGAAAAAGGAAAUGGAAGAAGUAGAAGAAAAACUGGAAGCUGGGCAGGGGAAAACAACAUUCCGCCGCUACUUUUCAAGAUUUUGCACACCGAUUUUUCUGGAGUCGUUUAUUUUAACAUUUCUGGCUGAAUGGGGGGAUCGAAGCCAGAUUGCCACGAUUGCAUUGGCUACUCACAAAAAUGCACUUGGAGUUGCUGUGGGGGCAACAGUGGGACACACCAUCUGCACGUCGAUCGCUGUGGUGGGUGGAAGCAUGCUUGCAUCAAAGAUCUCGCAAGGGACGGUGGCGGCUAUCGGGGGGCUUCUCUUCCUCUGUUUCUCCUUGUCCUCCUACUUCUAUCCUCCGAUGUGCUAUUUUUGGUUCCUAACCGAUUGCCAUGCAUUGCUUUGCUUGCUCCGUGUUUUUGGUUCUCUAGGGCAGGGCUCUUCUGCUGUUUUUGACUUGUGUUUUGGGGUCACAGGCUCUGGGUUCCUUGCAGCACAGCCUCAUGCUUGCGCUAAGCCAGAAGAGGAUUGUGAUAAACUUGAUCAGAGGGCGAUUAACACAAUGCAAUUGUACUUGGUCGACGAAGUCUUAUACAAUGUCAUUGAUGAGACGACCACCUCAGGAUUGUGGGUGAAGAUGGAGAGCAUCCAUAUGACGGAAUCUCUCUUCAAUCGUCUAUAUUUGAAGAGACAAUUUUAUAAUAUAAAGAUGACAAAAGGGUUGAAUAUCUUUGAGCACAUCAAUAUCUUCAAUAAACUGGUUUGUAAACUGAAAAGUGUGGAGGUGAAGAUCAAUGAAGAAGACAAAGCUCUAAUUUUGUUGACGUCUCUCCUGGUGUCCUACGAGUAUCUGGUGGAUAUUCCGUGCUAUGGUAGGUAUACCUUAGGCAUUGACAUCGUUAUUACAUCCAUUCAAUCGAAGCAAUUGGAAAGGAAUAUUGGAGGGGAAUGCCGCUCCGCACAUGCGCGCAGCAAACCACCAUACCGCAUGCCCCUACCAAAGCCGACCGUUGCUCUUGACGUUUUGAAAUUCCCGCGCCUUUUGUCCUCCUCCCGCCAAGCUCCUCUUCCAACAACAACAUUCUCAACAUCAUCAAUCAAACGCUUCCUAACAACCAUCAAACUCAACCCAAAUGACCAUCUCACUACUCUCAUCUUCCAAUCUUCCUACCACUCUCCAUCCUUUUCCGCCGAAAUCCCACAAGAAUCCUUCUUUCAUUUGCUCAGAAAUGCCGCGAAGACCGAGAAAACUCUUUCGGAAGUCCAAGUUCUACACUGUCGAGCAAUCAAGACCGGUUUCGAACAGAACCCGCAAGUGGGUAGCUGUCUUUCGAAUCUGUAUGUGAGAUGUAGGUGUUUGGAUCAUGCAGGCAAGCUGUUCGAUGGAAUUCCCAACAGAGAUGUGCGUGCUUGGACGGUUCAAAUCACAGGUUAUGCCCGUAUUGGUCUCUUUGGAAUGGCGGUGGAUCUCUUCUCUCGAAUGCAAACGGAAGGUGUUUUACCGAAUUGUUUCACUCUAUCUUGUGUUCUAAAGGGUUGUGCGGGUGCUAAUUUUCUCAAAACCGGGAAGGAAAUUCAUGGAUGGAUUUUGAGAAAUAGGAUUGGAUUAGAUGUCGUUUUAGAGAAUACAAUCAUUGACUUUUAUGUGAAAUGUGGUGUGUUCGAUUACGCAAGAAGAGUAUUUGAAAUGAUGGAUGAAAGGGAUACGGUGUCUUGGAAUAUUAUGAUAGGUGCCUAUUUACAAAUCGGAGACAUAGAGAGAUCGGUUGAAUUGUUUAAAAGAUUGCCCUUUCGGGAUGUUGCCAGCUGGAAUACGAUCAUGGUUGGGCAAAUGCGAAAUGGGUUUGUUAGGAUGGCAUUGGAGCUUCUUUAUCAGAUGGGUGAAAUUGGACCCAAGUUCAAUCAAUUCACAUUCUCCGUCGCUUUGGUACUGGUUUCUUCACUAUCCAUGUUGGGAUUAGGAAGACAGAUUCAUGGCCAUGUACUCCGAAUUGGGUUUGAGUCCGACUUGUUUAUAAGGAAUUCACUUAUUGAUAUGUAUUGCAAGUGUGGGAAAAUGGAAUACGCAACAGCUGUUUUCGAUAAAAUGUAUAAUUUGCAAAAUCCCACAAUAUUCCAUGAUGGAUUGACGGUGAAUGCCAUCACGUGGAGCUCCAUGAUUACUGGAUAUGUUCAAAAUGGUAGGUGUGAAGAUGCUCUCAAUCUCUUCUGCCAUAUGCUUCGGGAAGGCAUCUAUGUGGACCCAUUUACCCUCACAAGCAUAGCUUCGGCCUGUGCGGAUGCUGGAAUUUUAGAGCAAGGAAGGCAGAUCCAUGCCUCCAUUGAGAAACGCGGACACAGAUAUGAUGCUUUUCUGGCAUCUGCGAUCAUUGACAUGUAUGCUAAAUGUGGGAGCUUAGAUGACGCUCAAGCGAUUUUUUAUAGGGCAAGACCUAGUGAUCAGAGUGUUGUGUUGUGGACUGCGAUUGUAUCUGGUUGUGCUUUGCAUGGGCGAGGAAGGGAGGCCAUCCGUCUCUUCGAGCUGAUGUUGAAGGAAAACAUUCAGCCAAAUGAGAUAAGCUUUGUAGGCGUUUUAUCUGCGUGUAGCCAUGCGGGGCUGGUUGAAGAAGGCCAUGCAUAUUUCAAGUCAAUGCAAGAAGACUAUGGGAUAGUUCCUGAUGUGGAGCACUUCACUUGCAUGGUUGAUCUUCUCAGCCGAGCAGGCCGACUUGAUGAAGCAAAGGACUUCAUUCAUAAAAAUGGUAUCUCCCACUUGAAUGUUGUGUGGAGGGCAUUGUUAUCUGCUUGCCGAGUUCACAACAAUAUUGAGAUGGGGAAAUGGGCCUCUGAACAGCUGCUUCAACUUGAGCCAUUCGAUGCUGGUUCUUACAUUUUGUUAUCGAACAUCUACGCGACCACACAAAGAUGGGCCGAGGCAGCAAAAGUAAGGAGUUUGAUGCAAGUCAGAGGGGUUAAAAAGCAUCCGGGUCAGUCUUGGAUCCAACUGAAGAACCAAGUUCACACGUUCCUUGUGGGUGAUUGGUCCCACCCGCAAGCAGCUGAGCUUUAUUCUUACUUGGAAAAGCUGAUUGGGAGAAUGAAGGAAGUGGGGUAUUCGACCAAUACGAAUCUGGUUCUUCAUGAUGUAGAAGAAGAGCAAAGGGAAGUUCUUAUCAGUUACCACAGCGAGAAGCUUGCAGUUGCAUAUGGUAUCAUGAGCACGCCUUGUGGGACCCCUAUCCGUGUCAUGAAGAAUCUGCGUGUUUGUGGUGAUUGCCACACAGCCAUCAAGUACAUUUCUGAGGUUACAGAUCGGGAGAUCAUGCUUAGAGAUGCAUAUCGGUUUCAUCAUUUUAAGAACGGGAGCUGUUCUUGUAGAGAUUAUUGGUGAAAACAGCUGAAAUGUGCUUCUGGUGGAUUAGAAAGAAAAAUCUGGUGUUCUGUUUAAAAAGACUCAUGGCAUUUGUCGCUGAUGGCCCAUCGAUGAUGGGGACGUAUCACAGCAUGGUCAGAUGAUCCAGACUGAGCAUUUGGUGGGCCAUAUGAUUGAUGGACACUAUAAGUCACAUGAGUGGGACAAUUAUAGUCGCGAGGUUUUUUCCCAUUUAAUGUGGCGGUUAUCCAUUUCUGUUUUUAACCAUCUUUUCAGAGGCUGGUAAUUCGAUCGCUGGGACCAUCCCACCGAUACCAUAUUUGUGCAGUCAUCUAUUCAUUCAGGGUCAUUCGAUGGACGGUAAACAUCAUCUGUCCAAGCUAGCAAUGGGCCCAUCAUGGUUGGUGAAGUGAACAAACUCUCGAGUAAGGUUGAUAAUCUGUGAAAGGUCAGUCACUUCUCUCUGAAUGAACUUACCAAUGACUUAUAUUGAGGUAAUUAGCAAAUAGUGUCGAAGGAAAUUUCUCAAUAAAUAAGCCCAUGAAUGUAAAACUGUCUGUAUGAAAUUGGAGCUGGUUUUGAGGUGC